AUGAAUAGAAUAGAGAUACAAGACCUGUUGAAUAAUCAAGACUGUUCCAGUCUUGAUAAAGACUUCAAAAACAUCAACAGCCAACUACUCGAAAUAUGCUCGAACUUUCCGAAAGAGCUCCUUUCUAAUCAUGGGGAGUUGCAAAUGCAACUCCAAGGUAUUCUGUUGUUUUUGACGAAGCUAGUGGGUAAGAAUGACUUGUCAGUAACUUUGAAAAAUGAAGCAAGAAUGACCUAUCAAUUUAGUAAAAUCAUAGCUUCGUUGUUGAAGAGCUUUGAAGAUUUCUUUUUUGAGAGAAAAGAAUAUAACGAUCCGGCUACUAGUGAGAAUGAGUUUGUAUUUAGUGUUGUCACGCAAGACAUGAUGAAUAAACGGAAAGAAAGUAUGAGACCUUGUCGAGGACACCGCUUUUCUAGCAAUAGCACUGAAACUCUAGAAGAUUGGUAUAAGAAGCAUCAUGAAAAACCGUACUUAGAUAAGAGAAGUUUACACGAGCUAGAGUUUAAAACCAAGCUUUCUAAGAUGCAAAUAAGAAACUGGGUUUCGAAUCGAAGACGGAAAGAGAAGAGCAUCCAUGUCUCGCCUGUUAUCCAAGAUUUGCUACAAGAAUGA